AUGAUCGGUACGGUACUGAUGAUCGGUUUGCCCGUUGGGCUACUGUUGGCCAUCUUUUUCUUCAUGAAAUCGUCGAAAGAGAUGCCGAAGAACUGGACACAGUUCGUGUGCGAGGUGCGGAUGCAGAUCUGCGGUUUCCAGGCCCUGCUGGACGAUUUCAUCAUGCGACCGCGGAAUAAAGUCGAACUUUAUAAGCAGCCGGGCAAGAUUGCGCUCAUCACCGGUGGCAAUCGGGGCAUCGGACUACGCAUCGUCAGGAAGCUGGUGGAGUGCGAAAUCGAAGUCAUUCUUGGUGUUCGCAAUCCGAUCGAUUCUCGUAAGGCGGUAGAAGCCUACCUGGAGCACGCCAAGAUCCCGGUCGGCAGCUGCAAGCUGCACUUCGAACAGCUUGACAUCGGAAAUAUGAAGUCGGUGCGAGAGUUUGCCGCCAAGAUUAAGACCAAGUUCGACAGAAUUCAUCUCCUCAUCAACAAUGCCGGUGUUAUGAGCGUACCGUUCAAGCUGACCGGCGAAGGUUUCGAGUCGCACAUGGCCAUCAACUAUUACGGCCAUUUUCUGCUGACACAUUUGCUGCUGCCCCAGCUCAGGGCAGCCGGUACGGAUGAAUGUAAAGCGCGCGUCGUUAACGUAUCGUCCUGUGUGCACAAAAUUGGAGAAAUCGAUUACAAGGACAUUAACAAAGUCAAAAACUACUACCCGGCCGAUGCGUACAACCAGAGUAAGCUGGCCCAGGUCCUGUUCGCUAAGUACCUCAACUUAAUUUUCGCAGAGGAAGGUAUGCCGAUCCUGUCCAACUCGUUGCAUCCCGGUGUCGUAAAUACGGAUCUGUUCGAGCAUUCGAGUACCACCUACAUCCCGUGGGUGCGGGCACUACUGUUCAAGAACCCGGAGGAAGGCUCGCGUACCGUCGUGCAUGCGGCCAUCUCACCGAAGCUGGAGACGCGUGGCGGAUGCUACCUGAGCAACUGCCGCGAAGCGAGCAGCCACCGGUACUGGAACAACUCCGUCCAGUGCGAAAAGCUGUUCAACUUCACCUGCGAUACGCUGCGUAUCGAUGAUUACUUCUACAAGCGUAACUAA